UGCAUCGUUUUUCAGACUCCAAAUGCUCAAAAGUGAGGACGCGUUUCUGAGGUGAUGCGUAACAAGUGUCUAUGUUGAUUUCCACCCGUGAGCCGAGACAUGUGCGGGUGCCUCAUGGGACAAGAGAGCUCCGUGGGGAAUUACUGAAAUUGAAACGAAUGCUGUGUGCAGAAACUGUCUCUAAAUUGUUUGAGCCCUUGGCUGGGGGGCCGUGAGCAGCUACCAUGACGUACCCCAACACCAGCACACUGACAGCUAACUUCAGCGGAGCUUUGGACGGCCACGACUCUGGGGGAAACAUCUACCGGCCCUUCUCUCUCUUCAGCGUGCUCACUCUCACUCUGCUGGCGAUGCUGGUGGCGGCCACCUUCGUGUGGAACCUGCUGGUUCUGGUGACCAUCCUGCGGGUGAGGACGUUCCACCGAGUGCCCCACAACCUGGUGGCUUCCAUGGCUAUCUCGGACGUGAUGGUGGCCGCUCUGGUCAUGCCCCUGAGCCUGGUCCACGAGCUCAACGGCAGGCUGUGGAAGCUGGGCCGCGUGCUGUGCCAGGUGUGGAUCUCGUUCGACGUGCUCUGCUGCACGGCCAGCAUCUGGAACGUGACGGCCAUCGCGCUGGACCGUUACUGGUCCAUCACAAGGCACCUGGAGUACACGCUGAAGACGCGCAAAAAGAUCUCCAAUGUGAUGAUCGCCUUGACGUGGCUGCUGUCGUCCAUCAUCUCCUUGUCGCCGCUCUUCGGCUGGGGGGAGACGUACUCAGAGGGGAUGAAGUGCCAGGUGAGCCAGGAGCCGUCCUACACGAUCUUCUCCACCUUUGGAGCGUUUUACCUCCCGCUCUGCGUGGUUCUGUUUGUUUACUGGAAGAUCUACAAGGCCGCCAAGUUUCGGAUUGGCUCCCGCAAGACAAACACGAUCACACCUAUGGCUGAGGUAAAAGACGAGACGCAACAACCCCAGAUGGUAUUUACUGUGCGUCACGCCACCGUGACCUUCCAGACCGACGGGGACACAUGGCGCGAGCAGAAGGAGAAAAAGGCAGCGCUGAUGGUGGGCAUUUUGAUUGGCGUGUUCGUACUUUGCUGGAUUCCCUUCUUCAUCACCGAGCUCAUCGUCCCUCUGUGCUCCUGCGACAUCCCGCCUAUAUGGAAAAGCAUCUUCCUGUGGCUGGGCUACUCCAACUCCUUCUUUAAUCCGCUCAUAUACACUGCUUUCAAUAAGAACUACAACAAUGCCCUGAGGAACCUCUUCUCCCGGCAGCGCUGAGCCAUUCUGCACAUUUUAGCAGACAAGCCACACCAGCAUGCACUCGGCAGUGUUACAUCUCCAGACGGAAUAGGACUAAUCUGUGACCAUCACUCCAUCACCCGAGAAGAUGGGUGACAACCUGAAACUGUAACCAGAAAAAAAAAACAAACAUUAAAAGUGUGUCAGUGUAUUUUUUAUGUUGUGUUUUGUUUAUUAGCAACCUCACGGCUGGACUGAAGCGGGUGUCAGAGCUACUGUAUCUACAAAGAGCAGAAUAAAUUGGUUGUGUUGCGGCUGCAGCGGAUGCAGCGGCUGUCUACGUUUUUUCUCUCCGUCAUUUCAGGCUUGUUAAGGAGAAAGGCAUGUUAAUUCCCUCGUAAACACUUUCAUCAUCGUGUGCGAGGCCGCCGGGCAUUAAAGUAGAGCUGGAAGAUUUUUUUUUUUCCAGAAAACAUGUGGAACCAAAUGAAAUGAACCCGAGAACUGCAGAUUCUGUGCGGACAAAGACAUCAAAAGUAAGAUUUCAAGAAAGAAAAACGUGGAUUUUGUUAAAUUGUCAUAUGGAAAAGAUGGAUCGGAAUGCAUUGGAGCUGCAAACUCUACAUUUAAGUGCUAAAAUGUUCAGAGACCUCCACUGUAUAGCUGUCUACUCUCUAGAAUCAUGUACAAUUCAUUCAGUAUUUUUCUGGAUGAUGUCAACUCGCUCUGUAUUAAUACUUGUUGCACAUACAUCCACACACUCCCAUGCCUUUUGUAAACGCAGGAAAAAGUGUUAGAAUAAAUGCUUUGUGGGGAACGUGCAGUCGCGAGUGAUUAAAUCUCACCUCAGUUCCAAUAACUGGGUGCUGAUAUAGAAGCCAGGGACGUCCACAGGAAUUAAAUUAAGAAAUGAAAUAUGGACAUAUUUGCCCUGAGAAGGUAAAAUAAAGUCUGUGACAUCAUAGCAUAGUAGGGGGAAUAUAUCACAAACUAAUAUCACUGAAGCCUUAUUUAUGCUCCACCGCAUCUAUGCCGUGGGUAUGUGCAGCUGUGUUGAGUUACUUUGUGUACUUCAAACAAUGGCAAAUGGAAUUGUAAAUGUAAAUGUUGAACAACAGAUACUUUCGCUUUCUUCAGAGCCACAGCUUGCCAACAGAGACCCAUGCUGUUCCCUACCUUGGCUACAGCAGUGGCAUUGUGCUAAAUUUUCAAUUACAGCAGGAGACCUCCCUAAAGGGCCCCCACCAGACACAACUGGAUCCUGUCACAUGCCACUUGUGUGACUCUUUAAACUAGUUAAGUAUGACAAAGGUGGACAAUUAAAAAUGAAAAGGAUUACAGUAAUACUACUAUACAAUAAUUUUAUGUUGCUACAUGAACGCUGCUAGUCCAGCCUCAGACCAUUCAAUAAAAUAACAUAAAGUAGCAUCAUGUUAAUUUGUUGUUGUUCAUGACCUCCGGCAGUGGGAGUUGAGACAGCGCCACUAGAAGCAAUAAGUUAAACUAUUAACACAAACCAAUAAACUAACUGAACUGUACUGUUACUGAAAUACACACCUUGAGAUUUACCUGUCAAUUUAAAAGGCAGUAGAGAGGAAAAAUAAGCUAAUUUGUAUAAAACCCCUGUAAUUUUAGUUAACUGGAAAUUUUGUCUAGGACCAAGAAAGACAAUAUUGAAUCUGCUCAGUUCCAGUUGUUUGAAAUUAUGUAAAAACUCAACAUAGUGGCAUAGAGUGCACACCUCUAACUACAGUAUUAGUGUGAACACUCACAACAUUAUAGGCCAGUUGUCUAUGUGGGUAUUCAGGCUCUGGUUGUAGAAGGAUAAACCAAAUUUAACAGGCUCAAACAAAGUCAAGAUUCAGUUGGCCUAAAUAUAUAUUCCAACUGUGGAUCUUUUUUUUUGUCACCUCAGUGGAAUCAGUGGGUGAACCUUCAUGUUGUUAUGAUGUAAUGAGAGGAAACAAGCGUGAGCAAUACAUGCUAAUGAGCUCCAGUUGGAGAGCAACAUCAAAGUUUCUCACCCCAUACACGAAAAUUUUCCCCUUUUCUUGAUAGGAAACAAUCCAGUUGUUUAAAGUAUCUGAUGUCUCAUUGUAUUUGGUGAUGAUGAAUUCUGCAAAUAAAAUCAAGGAAUAAGUAUUAAAAAUUAUUCAACAAGAGCUAUAGCUGUGAGGCUAGCAGCAUGCUAACAGCCUAAUUCUUAUAGUCACUGUUUUAGUUUUGUGUGUCGUAUGCUACUGAUUAGCACUAAAUGCAAAGUAUAGAUGAGGCUAAUAGGAAUGUCCUUAGAUAAUAGUGAUUAGACACUUAUGGAGUCAAGUCCAAUCUUGACCUCACGACGAAAGCUAAAAGAGAAAUCGAAUGGGUGCAUUAGCUACCUAGCCUACCUAGUUUUCACUGCCAUAGAAAAUAUAUAAUUACAGAAAUUAUCUUAUUUUUGUUACUUUGCAGUUUUUUAGGCUGUUAGACAGUUGCGCAGCGUCUGCCCGACCUUAGCCUGUUGCCUUGAUUUGUACUUUAUCAUAUGAAGAGAAAGAAAAAAAGAAUUAUAUGUGAAAUAAAUCAGUCCACCAAUUGUUAUGGUGGUUCAAAAUGAUACUGUGGUCAAUAAAGAAAUGCAUGCAACAAAAA